UAUUCUAGUGAGAGAGAAAGAAGGAAAAACCCUUUUCCCACUAUGGAACCUCAAUUCUCUACACAGUGAUUUCUGUCGCCCUCAAUUACGACUUUCCCACCACUUCCUUUCACUCACUCAUCUUUCUCUCUCUAUACCAUCUUUUUCUUCUCGAAUAUAUAAAUUAGGGUUUUUUGGGUUCAUUGGUCAGAUGAACCUCUCCUCUGUAGCUGUUAAGGACUCUGAGGAGGAGUCCACUGUCACUGCAUCUUCACCUCCCGACCCGAUCAAAGCACCUGAUAAGGUCGAAACAGAAGAUCAACUAGUUUCUGCCCAAUCCAAAGAAGAGGAGGAGGAAGAGGAGGAGGAGGAGAUUAAGGCUGACGAUCCGAUGGAGGAGGAACCGGCUGACACUGCCACUGUCUUUUGUAUCAGACUCAAACAACCCAAGUCCAGUUUGCAGCACAAAAUGAGUGUUCCCGAGCUUUGUCGGAAUUUUAGUGCCGUUGCUUGGUGCGGAAAGCUAAAUGCUAUAGCAUGUGCAACAGAAACGUGUGCUAGAAUCCCAAGUUCCAAUGCCAAUACGCCAUUUUGGAUACCUAUACAUACUAUCAUUCCAGAGAGGCCGACCGAGUGUGCAGUUUUCAACGUCAUAGCAGACUCGCCUCGUGAUUCUGUUCAGUUCAUUGAAUGGUCUCCAACUUCUUGCAAACGUGCCUUGUUGAUAGCUAAUUUUCAUGGACGAAUAACCAUUUGGACCCAACCUUCUCAAGGUCCACCCAACCUGGUUAGAGAUGCAACAUGCUGGCAGCGUGAACAUGAAUGGCGGCAAGACAUUGCUGUUGUUACAAAAUGGCUAUCUGGAGUAUCACCUUAUAGGUGGCUUUCUUCAAGAUCAAGCAAUCCUGGAAAUUUAAAGUCAUCUUUAGAGGAAAAAUUCCUUGCUCAUACACCUCAAGCACCAGUCGGGUGGCCAAAUUUUCUAUGUGUCUGUUCCGUUUUCUCUUCUGGGUCUGUUCAACUUCAUUGGUCUCAGUGGAAUUCCAGUCAUAGUGGUGAAUCGUCAAAGUGGUUUUGCACUAGCAAAGGACUCUUGGGAGCAGGACCUAGUGGGAUUAUGGCUGCUGAUGUAAUUGUUACAGAUUCCGGUGUUAUGCAUGUUGCUGGUGUUCCAAUCGUGAACCCAUCAACUGUCGUAGUUUGGGAGGUGACUCCUGGACCAGGAAACGGGUUCCAAGCAACUCCCAAGACUAGUGUGAAUUCAGGGAUUCCACCAUCUAUUACACCUCCUCUUUGGAAUGGUUUUGCUCCUCUUGCUUCAUAUUUGUUUAGCUGGCAGGAGUAUUUUUUACAUGAAGCAAAGAAGGGAAAGAAACACACGGAUCAAGAUUACUCUGAUGUGGUAUCUCUUCAUUGUUCACCAGUUUCAAAUUUUUCUGCUUACGUCAGCCCUGAGGCAGCAGCUCAGUCGGCAGCUACCACAACUUGGGGAUCUGGAGUUACUGCAGUUGCGUUUGAUCCAACAUGCGGUGGUUCUGUGAUAGCUGUUGUGAUAGUUGAGGGACAGUACAUGUCUCCUUACGAUCCAGAUGAAGGCCCUUCAAUAACAGGAUGGAGAGUUCAGCGCUGGGAAUCAUCUCUGAAGCCUGUAGUACUGCAUCAGAUCUUUGGAAAUCCAACAUCCAGCUUUGGUGGGCAAGCUCCUAUGCAAACUGUUUGGACAUCCACUGUUAACAAAUGCAUUCAACCCACACUUGACUUCAAAAUCAAUCAGGCAACUGCACCUGGAUCGACUUCUGAUCAAAGAAAUACAUCUGAAUUGUCUGCUGAAAGGUCGAAAGGUGUCUCUUUUGAUCCCUUUGAUUUGCCAAGUGACGUGAGAACUCUUGCUCGUAUUGUGUAUUCCGCACAUGGGGGUGAGAUUGCUGUUGCUUUUCUGCGUGGUGGUGUUCAUAUUUUUUCAGGUGCAAAUUUUGCACCUGUUGAUAGCUACCAGAUCAAUGUUGGUUUUACAAUUGCUGCUCCUGCCUUCUCAUCUACAAGCUGUUGUUCAGCUUCUGUUUGGCAUGACUCUAUCAAAGAUUCUUCUAUAUUAAAGAUUAUUCGUGUUCUUCCUCCUGCUGUUCCAAUUGGUCAAGCAAAAGCAAAUGCAUCAAACUGGGAACGCCAAAUUGCAGAGAGGUUUUGGUGGAGUCUUUUGGUUGGAAUUGAUUGGUGGGAUGCUGUUGGAUGUACUCAGAGUGCCGCUGAGGAUGGCAUUGUUUCGCUGAAUAGCGUCAUUGCAGUGCUGGAUGCAGAUUUCCACUCCCUCUCUUCCACACAUCAUAGACAGCUGUAUGGCCCGAGCCUGGACAGAAUCAAGUGCAGACUACUGGAGGGUACAACUGCUCAAGAAGUAAGAGCAAUGGUUCUAGAUAUGCAAGCAAGAUUGCUGCUUGAUAUGUUAGGAAAGGGAAUUGAAGCAGCUCUGAUUAAUCCUUCUUCUUUGGUGCCUGAACCGUGGCAAGCCACUGGCGAGGCAUUAUCCAGCAUUGAUCUUGAGGCAAUGUCUGUUGAUCCAGCUAUGAUCUCAACCACUCAGGCUUAUGUUGAUGCUAUUCUUGAUCUAGCAUCACAUUUCAUCACCCGUUUGCGACGUUAUGCAAGUUUUUGCCGCACCUUAGCAAGUCAUGCAGUAACUGCAGGAGCAGGAGGGAAUCGUAAUAUGGUGGCUACUCCUACACAGAAUGCUGGUUCUCCUGCUCAAAGUCAGGGUGGACAAGGUGGUACAGCUAGUUCGACUGGAAGCACUCAGAUGCAAGCUUGGGUUCAUGGGGCUAUUGCUAAAAUUAGUAGUAAUACUGACGGUGUUUCUAGUGCAGCUCCAAAUCCCAUAAGUGGUCCCACUUCAUUUAUGCCCAUAAGUAUUAAUACAGGAACUUUUCCUGGAACUCCAGCCGUCAGGCUCAUUGGUGACUGCCAUUUCCUUCACAGACUAUGCCAAUUGUUACUUUUUUGUUUCUUCUUUCGGAGAUUACUUGCUCGGUCUAUUGGGACUGGCACAAGGAGUGCUGAUACAAGUACACAGAAGCCCCAGCCUGGUGCUACAGGCAAGAUGGAAGAGAUAAAUUCCGCUCCUUCUAAACCAGCAUCUAAUAUGGUCAGGUCAGAUGACCUACAGGCUACUCGAUCCCUACAUGGCGCAACUGGAACUAAAGGACCAGAAGAAGGACCUGCUAAUAGGUCAAGGGUGGGAUCUGGCAAUGCUGGAAUUGGUUAUACCUUUGAAGAGGUGAGAGUCUUGUUCCUAAUUCUCAUGGAUCUGUGUCGUCGAACAGCAGGUCUGACACACCCCUUGCCAGCUUCUCAAGUGGGUAGUAGUAACAUCCAAGUCCGCCUGCAUUAUAUUGAUGGGAACUAUACAGUUCUACCUGAGGUCGUUGAAGCAUCACUUGGCCCACAUAUGCAGAAUAUGCCACGACCUAGAGGUGCAGAUGCUGCUGGACUAUUACUUCGCGAGUUAGAACUUCAUCCACCGUCAGAAGAAUGGCACAGGAGAAAUAUGUUUGGUGGGCCGUGGUCAGAUCCAGAAGAUAUGGGUUCUCAAGACGAUCCGUUCAGACUCACUGAUUUGGUUGAGAUGGAAUCAGGAAACUAUGAUAUCAGUUACACAUCAGCUACUAGAUUGUGGCCUAGGAAGCGUAGAAUGUCUGAAAGAGAUGCUGCCUUUGGCUUAAACACCUCAGUCGGGCUUGGAGCAUAUCUUGGUAUAAUGGGAUCUCGAAGAGAUGUUGUAACUGCUGUGUGGAAAACGGGUCUUGAAGGAGUUUGGUACAAGUGCAUAAGAUGUUUGAGGCAGACAUCGGCCUUUUCUCUAGGUGGUGGUUCGAGCAACGCUACUGCCAAUCAAAAUGAGAAGGAAAUGUGGUGGAUUGGUAGGUGGGCUUACGGUUGUCCAAUGUGCGGUGGUACAUGGGUUCGCGUUGUAUAGAAAACACUAAAAUCGGUUAGAAGGUCAGUUAUAGUUUAGGUGGUUAAUUUCUCUUAUUUAUUGAGAGACUAUUAAGAAGAACUGUUAAGCUUUAGUGUAGUAUGAUGAAAACCUGAUCUAACAACUAUAUAAUUUUCAUGAUUCAGAUACUAGAUUUUAUGUAUACAAGUAGUGUAGGAUCAUUUUAU